AUGGAUCGUGCCACGUGGAUGUACAAAUUACCGCGGAUUGCACAUGAGUAUGUUAGUGGUGUUAAUGAGUUCAUUUCAUGUGCGGUUGAGAACCUAAAGAAGAAAGGCACCGAACAUGGCACAGAAGAAAUGAUCACAUGUCCUUGUCGCGACUGUUAUAAUUUAAAAAAGUAUCCCAGUGUCGAGACUAUACGUGAACAUUUAUUUCGGCGUGGUUUCAUGAAAGAUUAUACUAAGUGGAUCUGGCAUGGUGAAGGAAUACAAUCUAAAAGAACGGAGACAGUUAAUAGAAAACUUGAAAGUUGCGGAGAUGGUAUGGAUACCAAUAAAGAAGAUGACGUAGAAAAUGACAGGGUCCAUGAGAUGAUCGAAGAUGUUGAAGAUCUUCUAAUGCACCAGCCAGAAGUUCUUGAGCACUUGGUUGAUGACUCCAAAAAACUUUUGUACCCUGGGUGUAGGGAUCAGUUUACCAGGCUGUCAACUACCCUUAAAUUGUGUCAGCUUAAAGUGAAGAAUGGGUGGAGUGACAAGAGUUUCACUGAAAUGCUAAAACUUCUGGCAGACAUUCUUCCUCCGGAUAACGAGCUUCCCACUUCCACCUACGAGGCGAAGAAAAUAUUGUGUCCAUUAGGUAUGAAUGUCAAGAAGAUACAUGCAUGUCCAAAUAAUUGUGUGCUGUUUCGCAAUGAGUAUGAACAUCUACACAUGUGUCCAAAGUGCGGAGCUUCCAGGUUCAAGCAGGAAGAAAAUAAUUCUUUUACUAACAACACGAAGAGGCCUCCGGUCAAGGUGUUGCGUUAUCUGCCUAUAGUGGAACGAUUCAAACGACUCUUUGCAAAUGUAAAUGAUGCGAAGCUGUUGAGGUGGCAUGUUGAAGGAAUAAAAUCAGAUGGGAUGCUCCGACACCCAGCCGACUCACCACAAUGGAGAAACAUUGAUGGAAAGUUUCCGGAAUUCGGUGGAGAACUUAGAAACCUUCGUCUUGGCCUCUGUGCGGAUGGCAUGAAUCCGUAUCGAACUCUAAGCUCUCAACACAGUACCUGGCCAGUUCUUUUAACAAUUUAUAACUUGCCCCCUUGGUUAUGCAUGAAGCGCAAGUACAUUAUGUUGGCGUUGCUAAUUCCCGGUCCUAAAGAGGCAGGAAAUGACAUAGAUGUUUAUCUUCAGCCACUUAUUGAAGAUCUAUUGUUAUUGUGGGAUCAAGGUGAGAGGAUAUAUGAUGCAUACAGCCAAACAUACUUCAUCUUGCGUGCCAUGAUUUUUUGCACCAUAAGCGACUUUCCUGGCUAUGGAAACCUUUCAGGGUACAGUGUUAAAGGAGCUAAAGCAUGCCCGAUUUGUGAAGAUGCUACGAUCGACAUUCGCUUACACAAUUGUAAAAAAAAUGUAUAUAUGGGUCAUCGUACAUUUCUUCCCCUUAACCACCCUUAUCGGAAGAGGGAAAAGUCUUUUGAUGGCACUAUCGAGACUCGAGUGGCUCGUUUACCUUUAAUCGGGAAGGAGGUUUUUCAACGAGUCAAAGAUAUCGAUGUUGUGCUUGGGAAGUUAUAUAAAAAGCCAUCAACAAGUAGCAUCUGGAAGAAGAGAUCUAUAUUCUGGGAUCUUCCAUAUUGGGAGCACUUGCAAGUUAGGCAUUGUCUUGAUCUUAUGUAUAUUGAAAAAAAUGUUUGUGAAAGCAUUAUAGGAACUCUGUUGAAUAUACCUGGCAAGACAAAGGAUGGCAUGAAAGCCAGAUUAGACUUACAGGAGAUGGGUGUUCGAGCAGAGUUAGCACCGCAACCAUCUGGUAAACGUACAUAUCUACCUCCGGCAUGCUUCACUCUAUCCAGAAAAGAGAAAAUAAGCUUGUGCGAGUGCUUAUCUACUGUGAAAGUUCCAUCUGGAUAUUCCUCAAACCCUAAAAACUUUGUCUCAAUGAAGGAUUUGAAGAUGGUAGGUAUGAAGUCACAUGAUUGUCAUGUCUUAAUGCAACAUCUUGUUCCGGUUGCAAUUCGGGGCAUAUUGCCCAAGCACGUGAGGCUAGCUAUCACGAAACUAUGCUUCUUCUUCAAUGCUAUAUGCAGUAAGGUCAUUGAUCCCAUGACUUUAGAUAAACUGCAAGCUGACAUUAUUGUCACACUUUGUGAAUUGGAAACGUAUUUACAUAAUCGUUGGAAUCUCGAUGAUUCACGAAAGAAGAUUGUGUUAGAGAAAGCAGCCAAGCAAUGGCGAGAUUUCAAGGGUAAGCUGACAAGGAAUUUUCUGCGAGCUGGAAAGGAUCCAUGUGAAGUUUAUCAUUUCAUCAGCCGGGAGCAAUGGGAAACAUACAAAAAUAGACGCGAAAGUGCUGAGUUUAAGGAGAGUGCUUUCCAUUCUGUUGUGCUAGAAAUAUAUUAA